UAUUUAUAGAAUACAGGCAUAUUUUGACACCCUUUACAUGUAUGAAUGACUGACUGAGAUGGUGGGAUCUUCCUCAAAGCUCCAUUUUUAGUUACUUUCAAAAUUAUCAAUCAAGACCUGGAAAAUGUUAGACUCGCAUGCUGGAUUUGAAGUUUCAAUUCCAUCAGCUACUUUGGAUGAUCUUGGAAGCCGAUUUAUUAUCAAUGUACCAGAAGAGGAAAGAAAUGAUCUGGUCAGAAUCUGUUUCCAGAUUGAGUUAGCUCAUUGGUUUUAUCUUGACUUUUACUGUAGUGAAAACCCAAAUCUUCAUCAAUGUAACAUGAAAGAGUUUACUCGUCAAAUAUUUAAUCAUAUACCAUUUUUGAAAGAACAUGCCCAGAAUACGGAUGAAAUUUUAGAGUCUUGGAAGAUUUAUAAAAUGGCUGUUCCUACAUAUGGUGCUAUCCUUCUUGAUCAAAAUAUGGAAUAUGUAUUACUUGUCCAGAGUUAUUGGGCCAAAGCCAGCUGGGGAUUUCCUAAAGGGAAAGUGAAUGAGGAGGAACAACCCCACGAUUGUGCCGUGAGAGAGGUCCUGGAAGAAACUGGUUUUGAUAUUAGUAAGCUAAUAGACAAGGAUGACUUCAUAGAACACGUUGUUCAUGAUAGACUCGUCCGAUUAUACGUAAUUACGGGAAUUCCUCGCGAUACCAAGUUUCAACCAAAAACUAGAAAAGAAAUAAAGGUAAUUUCUUAA